AUGUUAAAAAUAAUUAAAUACUUUGGUACCAUUAAACAUUUUAAGUUGCCUGAUUUAGGAGAAAGUAAAACCAUCAAUAAUUGCUAGAGAUUAAGGAAGCUACUAUUGUUAAAUGGCAUGUCAAAGAAGGUGAUACGAUUUCAGAAGUAUAUUAUAUCUUUUCAGAAAGUUUGAUCCUGUUGCAGAUGUGUCCACAGAUAAAAUGUUCACUUAAAUACCUAGUAGUUUUACUGGAAUUAUUCAUAAGAGAUAUCAUAAAGAAUAAGAUCAAUGUUAAGUAGGAGAAUUGUUUGUAGAUAUAGAUGUAGAUGAGAUAUAAUCUAUUCCAAAUCAAACAACUUAAACUUUUCAAUAAUCAUCUUAAAUCACUUAAGUUUAACCAAAACCUAUUCCUCAUCAUGUUUAAAAAGAAUCUUCUCUUUAAAGAAUUUCACCAUCCGCUAAAUAUUUGGCUUAAUUACACAAUAUUGAUAUUUAAAAUAUUAAAGGUACUGGCAUUUAUGGAACAAUUACUAAAGAUGAUAUUUCUAAUUAUCAAAAUCAACCUAAAUCAUAAUAAACUAAUUCAAUUUAGAAAUCAUAAAUUAUUAAAAUGACAGAUUUUCAAAAAGGUAUGCAAAAAUCAAUGACUGAAUCUAAUACUAUUCCACAUUUAUAUUUGCAAGAAGAAAUUGAUAUUACAUCUUUAGUAUAUUUUUUAAUUUAAUUUAUAGAGUUCUUUUAGAGAAGAAUUAAAGAAACAAUCAAAUAUCACUUUUAUGACAUUAUUUAUUAAAUCUUUUUCUCUUGCUCUACAUCAAUUUCCAAUCUUAAAUUCAACUUAUGAUUCCAAUGCACCCUUUUAAUUUGUUACUCAUUAAGAUCACAACAUUUCUAUUGCCAUGGAUUCACCUAAAGGAUUAGUAGUACCAAAUAUCAAAUAAGUUUAAAAUCUCUCCAUUUUAGAAGUUCAAUAAUAAUUAAAUAAGUAAAAACAAUCAUUGAAAUAAAUAAUAGAUUAAGAAAGUUAGGAGAUGAAAGUAAACUAGGACCAAAUGAAUUGAAUAAUGGAACUAUUUGUAUUAGUAAUAUAGGAACCAUUGCAGGAACAUAUGUUGGACCUCUUAUUUUACCACCUUAAGUAUGUAUAGUUGGAAUUGGAAGAGUUGUUUUAUAACCAAGAUUUAUUGGAGGAUCAUAUUAACCCAGAAAAAUUGUAUAUUUAUCAUAUUCAAUUUUAGAUUUAUACUAGUUUUGGUUGUGAUCAUAGAAUUUUAGAUGGUGCUACUAUUGCUAGAUUUUAGAAUACUUGGAAACAAUAUCUAGAAUAACCUGAAUAAAUGAUGGUUAAAUUAAAAUGA